CAGCCGGCAGUGUGUGUGUGUGUCUACCUUAUGAGCACUACCAUGAACAUGCUUUGCAGAGUUGGUCAAAUACGCAGGUGUGCAGGCAGCCUCAGCCAAACUAUAAACCAGGCAGCUGCUUCACGGCAGAAGCACACGCUCCCUGACCUGACUUAUGAUUAUGGCGCCCUGGAGCCCCACAUCAAUGCAGAGAUAAUGCAGCUGCACCACAGCAAGCACCACGCCACAUAUGUCAACAACCUCAACGUUACAGAAGAGAAAUAUCAGGAGGCACUAGCCAAAGGAGAUGUGACAGCACAGGUGUCUCUCCAGCCCGCUCUGAAGUUUAACGGAGGCGGCCACAUUAACCACUCCAUCUUCUGGACAAACCUCUCUCCAAAUGGAGGUGGCGAGCCACAGGGGGAGCUGAUGGAGGCCAUUAAGAGGGACUUUGGCUCAUUCCAGAAGAUGAAGGAGAGGAUGUCUGCUGCCACAGUGGCUGUGCAAGGCUCAGGCUGGGGCUGGCUAGGAUACGACAAGGAGGCUGCAAGACUCCGUAUUGCUGCUUGUGCUAACCAGGAUCCCCUGAUGGGAACUACAGGUCUCAUCCCACUGCUUGGUAUCGAUGUGUGGGAGCAUGCCUACUACCUUCAGUACAAAAACGUGAGGCCGGACUAUGUUAAGGCUAUCUGGAAUGUCAUUAACUGGGAAAAUGUGAGCGAGCGUCUGCAGACUGCCAAAAAAUAAAACACCAAUCCACAAAUACUCCCAGUCACCUCAUUCCCCCUGACCUGGAACAAAUAGUUGUUUUCCUUGCAUAGAGUUUAUGAGAGGUGGUAUAUUUUGUAGUCAGACCUACAAGAGUUUGGAUUUCCAGAUUUCAGCUGCAUCAAAGUUGAUUAAGUUAACAUGUACAUUUUGUCUUUAUUGGUGCAGAUUAUAAUCAAUGUGACACAUUUAACAUCAUGCACACACAACCAGGCGGAAGUUAAACCAAAAUCAAAUUUGCAAAUGCUUUUUAUCUCAGGUCUGAGCCCGACCUUCAGACUUUAUUCAAGCGCACAAACUGGCCUCCUUUCACACCAAGCAAAGCUGGCUGUCCUUAAAACGAUCCAAAUGUUGUCUGCAUUACGUGUUAACCUGGUAUCAGUCAUCAGAGUGUGUAUUCACUGAGCUCUGUUUCUGUCAGAAAAAGCCACUAAAAUCACACAAUGUUAUGCAGUCCAUGUUUUUGAAGUAGUGUAAUAAAAUUACAAGAUUUCAACUGUA